AUGGAAAUCUCCGAGCCUACGCUUUGCAUUUUUUAUACGAGCAAAGUUUUGGCGCUCGCACCUUUCUCGGUACGCAGAAACUCAAAGGGCGUGCUGGAUAUACGACGUAGUUACAUGUUCUCGGUUUAUUCGGCCGCACUGUGCCUAACAAUGGUGUGUUUGACCUAUCAGGGAUUGUUAUUCGAUGCGAAUUCGCAAGUGCCUGUUCGGUAA